AUGGCUCAACAAGGAGUUCUGCUGGACCAGGACCAGUUCUGUUGUUCUGUCUGUCUGGAGCUACUGACGGAGCCGGUCACUACUGCCUGUGGACACAGUUACUGUAGAAUCUGUAUUGAGGACUGCUGGGAUAACAAUGUUCUGAGAGGGGUCUAUAGCUGUCCUCAGUGCAGAGAGACCUUCACUCCAAGGCCCACUCUAAGGAAAAAUAACAUGUUGGCUGAGGUGGUGGAGGAACUGAAGAAGACAGGACUCCAGGCUGCUCCCUCUCCUGCUCUGUGCUAUGCUGGACCUGGAGAUGUGGCGUGUGAUUUCUGCACUGGGACCAGAAAACAGAAAGCCCUCAUGUCCUGUCUGGCGUGUCUGGCUUCUUACUGUGAGAAUCACCUCCAACCUCACUAUGAAUCUCCUACUUUCAUGAAGCACAAGCUGGUCAAAGCCACCGCACAACUACAGGAGAAGAUCUGCUCUCAUCAUGACAAACUGCUGGAGGUUUACUGUCGUACCGAUCAGCAGUGUAUCUGUUAUCAGUGUGUGAUGGAUGAACAUAAAGGCCAUGAUACAGUAUCAGCUGCAGCAGAGAGGACUGAGAAACAGAGGCAGCUGAGGAUGAGUCAGCAGAAGGUCCAGCAGAGAUUCCAGGAGAGAGAGAAGGAGCUGAAGGAGCUCCAACAGGCUGUGGAGUCUCUCAAGGUGAGUGUUCGCUCUGCAGUGAAGGGCAGUGAUAAGAUAUUUGCUGAGCUGAGGAGCUCUGAGGUGAAGGAGCUGAUCAGAGCCCAAGUGAAGUCUCAAGUGAGUCAAGCUGAAGGACUCCUGCAGCAACUGAAGCAGGAGGUUGCUGAGCUGAGGAAGAGAAGCACUGAGAUGGAGCAGCUCUCACACACAGAGGAUCACAUCACUUUCCUCCAGAGUUAUCGGUCUCUCUCCAGUAUCAGUGUAUCUUCAGACUUACCCAGCAUCGUUGUCUGUCCUCUUCAGUACUUUGGAGAUGUGAGUAAGACUGUGUCUGAACUGAGAGAGAAACUAGAAGACUUCCUUAAAGGAGAAUGGACCAAGAUCUCCACCACAGUGAAUUUAGUGGAGGUUGUACUGCCUCCAGAGCCCAAGACCAGAGAACAGUUGUUACAAUAUUCCUGUCAGCUCACACUGGACCCAAACACAGCAGGCACACGUCUCUCUCUGUCUGAAGGGAACAGAAAGGUGUCCCAAACACGCCAAGACCAACCAUAUCCUGGUCAUCCAGACAGAUUCACAAACAACUACCAGGUUCUGUGUAGAGAGGGUCUGUCUGGACGCUGUUACUGGGAGGUGGAGUGGAGUGGGGUGUAUGUUAUUACAACAGUCUCAUAUAAAGACAUCAGCAGAACAGAGAGAGGUAAUGCAUUUGGAUACAAUGACAAGUCCUGGAGUUUACAGUGCUCUAGUGAUGGUUAUUAUUUCAGACACAAUAAUGUUGAGACUAAAGCAUCAGGCCCUCAGUCCUCCAGAGUAGGAGUGUACCUGGAUCACAAGGCAGGUACUCUGUCCUUCUACAGUGUCUCUGACACAAUGACCCUCCUCUACAGAGUCCAGACCACAUUCACUCAGCCCCUCUAUCCUGGGUUUUGGCUCUCUGGUACUGCUGAGCUGGUUAAACUAUAGUAGAGUCCACAUAGAUACUAGUAAUGCUGGUGUAGUCUAUUGCUGAGCUGGUUAAACUGUAGUAGGGUCCACAUAGAUACUAGUCAUGCUGGUGUAGUCUAUUGCUGAGCUGGUUAAACUGUAGUAGAGUCCACAUAGAUACUAGUAAUGCUGGUGUAGUCUAUUGCUGAGCUGGUUAAACUGUAGUAGAGUCCACAUAGAUACUAGUAAUGCUGGUGUAGUCUAUUGCUGAGCUGGUUAAACUGUAGUAGGGUCCACAUAGAUACUAGUCAUGCUGGUGAUGAUUCAUUCUGCUCUGUUUUUCUUUACAAAAUAUUUUUUUGACUGUUUUGAUCUUCAGAGAUUUCAUGCAUUAAAAUAAUUUGUUUUCAUAUUUAAUAAAAUGCAAUGUUUUCAUGUUGUACAUUUCCAUGAAUUGUGAUGUAUGGUGUUGAUGUAUAUUGGUUGGCAUUCAGAACCAUUUAUAUGUUUUCUCAAUUGGUUCUCUGUCUCUAUGUAAUUCUCCUCAGUGGCAUUGAACAGGUAGAAUCACUAACUAACUAAACUAUAUGGACUGGUUUCCCGGACACAGAUUAAUCGUAGUCCUGGACUAAAAACUACGUUCAAUGUAGAUGUCCUGGAAACCAGCCCUAAAUUUGUCAUCUUUCAUCCUCCUAUACUGCUCAGUCCAGCAACAUUAAACCUGUCCAGCAGGUAGUGAUAUUGACCAAACAAUAAAACCAGCAGAUAUCUUGACUUGCCACUCAGUAUAUCAGUAAUGUUCAGAAUAGUACUUUAAUAUAAUUGGAGAUUGAUGGUCUUUUUAAUCCACGAUCCAGAGUCAGGAACAGAUGAAGUUAGGUCUGCUACUGUUCAGUGAUUAAAUAUGAUUUAUGGUGAUGGG